AUGCUUCUUCGAGUGCCAUUGGCACGGAGGCCGCUGUCGCCAAAGAGAUGCGCUCGCUUGGUCCAAUCUGUAUAUACGCCGUCGUCAACAUGGCGGUCUGCAUCGUCGUGCCUUCGCAAGCAACCCUCAGCUGUCGCAUCCACGCGCCUUGUACAUGAUCAAUCUGUCGCCCACACAUCUGCCGCUACUCCCUACGCACCAGAGCGCACACGAGUCAGACACGCGACCAACUUGGCUUCAAGGACAGCCAUCAAUCCUCCAUCCAACAUACCUGCCGAGAACCAACAACUACAUGCUUCUUUAAACCGGCUCAAGGACAUCGCCAGCGACUAUGUGAACCAGAGCAGACUACAGCUGGCUUUGAGGGGACUGGAAACAUCAAGACCUACCGUGAGGAUCGGACUGCUUGGACUAGGACAAGAUGGAGAUGUGGCUGCCAGAAAGCUCGCCCGCGUCUUGCUAGCCGAUGCGCUGGCUGAUGAGGCUCAAUGGGAGAAGAUGCUGAAGCUGCCGUCGCAAGAUGGCAAGCCUCUUCUUCUGAGGUACGGAGCCGAAGACGACAUCCUACCGACUAACCCGCUCGUAAACGAGUUGAACAUCCCAUCGCGUGUGCUGGAAAAGAACAACCUCGAGCUGCUCAUCACAACCCUCAACACAUCUAGCGGCCCCAGCAUCACCGCAGACCCAUCAGGACUGGCAGAAUCUAUCCUAGUACCCCCGUUACAAACACCGGUCGCUUCUUCUGGCCGAGCUGGCUUCGUUCGCUACCCCGUCCACAAGGCAAUCGUUGUUGGAGAGGGCAUUCAAGGAUGCAUGGAAUUUGGUCGUCUUUCGAGUGCCCUGGAAGCCACAACUUUGGGUGUUACAGGUGCUCAACAAGGACUCAUCCAAGUUGCACUGAGCGUGCCGAGAGACAGUCCUCGAACUCAGACCAACGAUACUGGAUUAAUUUCUCCCGUCGAUAUUGAUCAAGCCGCAGCGGCACUCGAUCUUUUCCGCCAGGAUGUUGCCAACAGCGCUCUUUUUAACACAAAAUGGCAAGCAAGCAACAUCAAAGCCAUAAUCAAAUUCUUGGCCUCAGAUCCUAUGGACCCUGUCACUGGUGAAGCAGUGGGUGUGAGGCCGACAGUACAAUCACAUAUUCGCUCCACACUGGACUCUGCCACGGCUGCUAUUGCUGCUUCCGAGAAGGCCGCCAGUAAGGCUGUAGUCUCCAACAGUAUACCAGAUUCUAUACGCCAGGAGAUGACACAGGCGAUAGCAAACUGGUCACAACAUGCACACUCUGAUCUCCAAGUCUCCAUCGCAAAUGCGGUUGACUCGCGCUCAUGGCGCAGAACUUCUUGGUCGCGCCUUCUCUGGCGUGUGGAUGACGUGGGCGUAGCCGCUCAGGAGGUGCUACGCUCACAUUGGCUGCUCGAUGCCGAGUCGACUCUUGCUUUCCUCUCCGGACGUAUUGAACAAGCCGGUUUCUUCAAGAGCAAUGUGGGAGCAGCAAACUUCAAUCCAGACUAUGCUAUGCAUCCCUCUCACCGCAAAGUCGGCAAGGCCGGUCAGUUCAUUUCGGAAGAAAGAGCUUUCCUUGCUACUCCCGCCCUGCCCCCAUCAAUCCCUGCAACGACGAAGACAGGUCUAUUGACUAAAUACUUUACCGGUAAAGAACGAGAACUCACUGUAGCAGAACUCCUCGGAAUCGAUGUUCAAAUCAAAAAGGUUAGAGAAGAAGGUGGUAUCGACAUUCUCCACUCACGACCUUGGCCGCUUGCUAUCCACUAUACCCGUCAAGGACUACUUCACACUCUCGUCCCUUCUUUGCAAGCGCGUGCGCAAGCACUUCUCGCUCAGUCUCUUACCACUAUUGGCGCAACCUCUGCCCUAGGAGUAUGGCUUUACAUUGCCACCUCCGGCACCAUGAUGGCUGAAUCCGGCGCAAUCGCUGCUCUUGGACUCGUCUGGACCCUCCGCCGUCUCCAAAAGAAAUGGGAAGGAGAACGUGAGACAUGGGAGGCUGAAAUCCGCGAAAAUGGUCGUGUUGUGCUUGGUGAGGUUGAGGAUGUCUUGAGACGGGUCGUCAGAGAAAAUGAAAGAGGUGUACUUAGGCAAGCGGACAUACAAGAUUGGAGUAGAGCUAGGGAAGCAUUGAGGGACGUCAAGAGAGCUAUGGGAGAUGUUGAGGAGGUUGAAGAAAAAGUACAGGAGAUUGGUGUUAAAGUAUAG